GCUUGAGUGAAAACCAAUCAAAUGGAUUCCAGCCAACCUGAGGGAAAUAAGGUCCACGUUCAAGGCGGUUCUUGGGUUCCGGCGACACCCGUGAAGCCCAUUCUACCAAAACCGCCGCUGCAGCCGCUGAUCUAUGCAAGGAUGGACUGGAAUCAGUCAGGACCAUGCUGGUUGGGAUCAGAGAGACUCUCCUCAAAUUCUAACAAGGAAGCUGAGACCACCAGUGGAGUUGCAUGUUACGGUGGAGCUAAUGGUACUAACGACUGGGAAGCAGCUCAGGCUGGGCAAUUUCAAGUGGCCUGCAAAGAUAAUGGAACAGUGGCGAUACAUUCUAUUGAUGCAUUAGGGAGCAUUCCUUUUUUGCAGCUAAUGGCACUAGCAGAUGCGGCUUCUAUCGUGGGAGCCGAUGCUGCAUUGGGUGGAAAUGCAAGCGACCUGUUCGAUUCUGGCUCUAGCUAUCAAGUUGAAUUGGAGUCCAGCUCUAUGAGGGGUCGUCUCAGUGGAGGCUGCAUACCUGAAGUCACAGGGUAUGAAAUGUCUGACCAUAGCCAGCAUGCUUAUGACCUCAAUUUUCCGUCUGGGACAGAGUCAGAUGCAGCUGCUAUCAGAAUUACCUCCCAAUUUGCACCACCGACACCAGAUAUGGGCAAGAGUAAAUAUACCGAAAGUGAGGCUGAAAUACAGCAGAUACCAACUGAGAACAGCAGAGAUGAGAGAGAACAGAGCCACAACUGUAAUACUUCAAUAACAAUUGAUGGUGAGAACCUGGGAGAAAAUAAAGAACUUGAGCCUGCAAUGCAACCUACAAUUACUGCUACCUGUACCCCAGAUGGAAAGGAACGCAAGAAUGCAGAUAGCCUGAAUAAGACACCACCACCAAGACAGAAAAGGAGAAAACACAGACCUAAGGUCAUCAUCGAAGUAAAAAAUAAAAGAAAAAAUCCUAACUUGAAGUCCCAUUGUCCAAGUACGAGAAAGCGUGUCAGGAAAAGUGGACCCAGUAAGCCUUCAGCAACUCCCCCAAUAGAAAUAAUAGGUGAAACAUCAAACCAAGAAAUGCUCAAGCAUAGAAGGAAGUCGUGCAGAAGGGCCAUAAACUUUGAUUCUCAGGCCCAAACAAGAGAUUUAUCCUUCGAUUCAAGGCAACUGGAAAAAGAUCCACUCCCACAAAACAUGCAAUCAACUACAGGACAAAUGGGAGUGAGGCUUGAAGAAGUAGGCUCUUCCACUGAUCCAAACUGGUCCAUGAAUCAAAUGCUGAAAAGCUACGAAUCUUUGCCAGAAAAACAAGUCCAAUCAGCUGGAAUUUCGGUUGAACAUAAUUCUCCUGAGAGAAGACUGCUUUCAAACAACCAAAUGGAGAACAAUACUGAACAAAAUGGUAAAGUAAUUUCCAGUUUUGAAAAGGGAAACACGGUAGAAACCAUGCUGAAUGAUAAUAAUCGAUCCUUACCAGGAGGUUCCAAUGGUCUUAUCUUUUGCAAGAACUCUGCUUUCACUGCAAGCGAGCAAGCCUCUUGUGGCCUGAGAAAACGUUCUCAGGCCAUUGAUCAAGCAGGUGCUGGAAGCAUAAAUUUAACAGGGGUCCAUUAUAAUACAUUAUCUGCAUAUCAGUCGGUAUCCUGGAUGCAUUUUCCCACCAUUUACAAGAAAAAAAGAACAGAGAAGAGGCAGAACCCUGUCUCCUCUACUGCAUUUACUAGUGCAAGUGCCACACAUUUCAUGAGUCCAGAAAGUGCAUGCUCUUUCAAUGAUUCCCAGAGAAAUCACAUGACAUUAGUAUCCAAUAGCUGGAUAGCUGGACCUCAGUUUAGUACUUGUAAAAGUAAAAUUGCAGCUGUGCAUGGAAGACAGAACCUUCAGGAUAAGUUGCAAACAUAUGGAAGUAUCAUGGCUUUAGGCCAGACUGAGAGAACAAAAAGGAGACCCAGGUCAACCAAACGACUUCGUGACUUGGCAUUACCGGCAAGAAUUGUCGAUUGUGAGAAGCAGCCAAUAUAUCCUACUAAUCAACCUCUCGUGGACAGUUCUGUAAAAAAUAUCAAUACAUUUCAAACAUGCAUACAUGCACUAUCCGAGACGAUGGAAGCAACAGUGGCAAAGAAGAAAAGAACCAAGAAGAAUUCUCCUACAAUUUCAGCACUUCACAAUAUGAAUAAAGAUCUUCAGGACCGCAGAUUUGUAUCCUUCAAUCCCUACCAAUUCUUCCCCAAAACAUUAGGCACUGCUUCAGAACAUGGUAAUCAAAUGUGCUUUAUCGAUGCCAUAGUUGAACAAUUAAAGCAUCUUGAUAUCAACAAGGAGAGCAACAAUUUGGAAUGUAGAGAGCGAGCACUUGUACCCUACAACAUGCAAAAUCAGGAGCACAAUGCCAUUGUUGUUUAUGGAAGAAAGGGAACUAUUGUACCAUUUAAUCUUACUAAGAAACGUUAUCCUCGUCCUAAAGUCGAGCUUGAUGAAGAGACUAGUAGAGUAUGGAAGCUUCUGAUGGGAAAUAUAAACAGCGAAGGCAUUGAUGGAACAGAUGAAGAAAAGAUCAAAUGGUGGGAAGAAGAGCGAAAGGUGUUUCGAGGGCGAGCAGAAUCAUUUAUCGCAAGGAUGCAUCUUGUUCAAGGAGAUAGGCGUUUCUCUCAAUGGAAGGGAUCAGUUGUGGACUCUGUGGUAGGAGUAUUCCUGACUCAAAAUGUCUCAGAUCACCUUUCUAGCUCUGCCUUCAUGUCUCUUGCUGCACGCUUUCCUCCUAAGCCAAAUUGUCAACAAGCAUCAUGCUAUCAACAUCCUAUUAUAAAGUUGGAUGAACCCGAAGCAUACAUGUUGAGUUUAGAGGAUGACAUGAAAUUGAACAAACAGAUAAUGCAGCAACAAAUAAGUGAAGAGGGUUCCUUGAUGAAAAAUGAAAUCGAAAAUAGUGAAGGGAAAAUAAUUGUUGACAGCAAUGAAUCUUCCAGAAGUAAUGUCGAGGAUGGUAGCUCAAACAAGGAACCAGAAAAAAAAAGUUUUAGUUCAUCUCAUAACAUUGUUGGGACAUGUAGCAAUUCUGAGAGAGAAAUAUCAUUGAGUGGAACCGGCCCAAUGCAAGCAUGUCUCUCCGGAGCCAGAGAAAUAUAUGAUUCAUUUUCAUUUCAAGACUGUUUGGAUUCAUCAAUUUCUCAAACCAGUGAGAACAUCGAACCAUCCUCAGAAGGCAACUCAGAAGAUCUACCAAGCUGGUUGAAAGAGGUUCACAUCAAUUCUUCAUCGGAGAAGCUUAAUCAGAUGGCUGGACUAAAUACUCUGAAUGAUCAUGUUACUAUCGAUACUUCCAUUGAACAGACAGAGGUUCACACGAACAUCAACCUAGCAGGAAAAAAGUGUGACAAUGGAAUAGAUGACACUUCACAACCGGAUGAUCAUGAAAAAGCCAUGAAAGAUUCUGUUAAUCAUUUGAAUGGCUAUCAAAUGCAGCAAAACCACACCUCGGAAUCAUUGGAAGUUGACUGCCAUCAGACGUGCAGUGGAGUUCAAACUCCUAAUGUUUACCACAAGGACGUAGAUUUUCAUUCUGAAAAAAGUACACUGACUGCAGAAUCUCGCAAUCAUGCUAAUGUUGAAAUAGAGCUCAUAGUAGAUAUCCAUGAAGCACCAUUACCUAGUAGUGAAUUAAGCAUCAAUGCAAAGGAGCCAGGUUUGACCUUACAACCUCAAGGCAGUGUGGUUGAAGACGCACAAAAUGCUGAGUCGCCAGUAGAAUGUACAAAUAAUGUGCAUGAAAUUCUUCCAAAAUUUUCACCAAAUGGUACAGGAAUAGUGACACAGUCAAAUCCAAAGGAGUAUGAUCAUUCACUUAGUAAUGGGUUUGAAGAGAUGAAACCUACCACUUCAAGAUCUCAGAGAAAACAAGUUGCAAAGGAAAAGGAAGGUAACAUUAAUUGGGACAACUUAAGAAAACAGGUAGAAACCAACGGAAAGACACGACAGAGAAGUGAAAAUACAAUGGACUCGUUGGAUUGGGAAGCAGUAAGAUGUGCUGAUGUGAAGGAGAUUGCACACGCCAUCAGAGAACGCGGCAUGAACAACAUGCUUGCUGAAAGAAUCAAGGAUUUUCUAAACCGUCUGGUGAAAGAUCAUGGGAGCAUUGAUCUCGAAUGGUUAAGGGAUGUUGCACCAGACCAAGCAAAAGAAUAUCUACUAAGUAUAAGAGGUUUGGGACUAAAAAGUGUGGAGUGUGUGCGACUUCUUACUCUUCAUCAUCUUGCCUUCCCAGUUGACACAAAUGUUGGACGUAUAGCUGUCCGACUGGGAUGGGUACCCCUUCAACCGCUACCAGAAUCCCUACAGUUGCAUCUUCUAGAAUUGUACCCAGUGCUAGAGUCAAUCCAGAAGUAUCUAUGGCCUCGGCUUUGCAAGCUUGACCAAAGAACACUGUAUGAGCUGCACUACCAAAUGAUUACGUUUGGAAAGGUCUUUUGUACAAAAAGCAAACCAAAUUGUAAUGCUUGUCCAAUGAGAGGAGAAUGUAGGCACUUCGCAAGCGCAUUUGCAAGUGCAAGGCUUGGCCUUCCAGCACCAGAAGAUAAAAGAAUAGUUAGCACUACUGAAUGCAGAGAACCUGAAGAUAACCAGGCCAGAACAAUUGACCAACCAAUGCUGUCCCUCCCUCCCUCAACAAUACCAUCUGAAGAGAUCAAGCCAUCAGAAAGGCAUCAAUCUGACGGGAAGACUACAAUUGGGAUGUGUGUGCCCAUUAUUGAAGAACCAGCAACACCAGAGCAAGAAAGCACCACAAAAGAUGCAAUCAUCGAUAUUGAGGAUGCUUUCUAUGAAGAUCCUAAUGAAAUUCCUACAAUAAAACUUAACAUUGAGGAGUUCUCACAGAAUUUACAGAACUACGUUCAAAAGAAUAUGGAACCUCAAGAAGGUGACAUGUCAAAAGCCUUAAUUGCACUAACCCCAGAAGCCGCAUCAAUUCCCAUGCCUAAACUUAAGAAUGUCAGCCGGCUGCGAACAGAACACCUAGUCUAUGAACUUCCAGAUAAUCACCCUCUUCUUGAAAAGUUGAAGUUGGAUAGAAGAGAACCAGAUGAUCCUUGCUCAUACUUUUUGGCUAUCUGGACCCCAGGUGAAACAGCAAAUUCCAUCCAACUACCAGAAAAGAGGUGCAGUAAUCAAGAACAUCAUCAAUUGUGUCUUGAAGAGGAGUGCCUCUCGUGCAACAGUGUCAGAGAAGCCAACUCUCUCAUGGUCCGAGGGACUCUUUUGAUACCAUGCCGGACAGCAAUGAGAGGAAGCUUUCCACUGAAUGGUACCUACUUUCAAGUCAAUGAGGUGUUUGCAGAUCACGAGUCAAGCCUCAACCCAAUAGAUGUUCCAAGGGACUGGAUAUGGAAUCUUCCCAGACGCACCGUGUAUUUUGGAACCUCCAUACCAACGAUAUUCAAAGGAUUAUCGACACAAGGCAUCCAACACUGUUUCUGGAGAGGAUUCGUCUGUGUAAGAGGUUUUGAUAAAAAAUCAAGAGCACCCCGACCCUUGAUGGCCAGGCUUCAUUUUCCAGCCAGCAAAUUGAACAGAGGAAGAGGUAAGACAGUGGAUCAAUAAGAAAACAAGGAGAUGAAGCCCAAACCAGGACAGCACAAACAACAUAGCGGUAAGAAAAGAACAUCAUUUAGUAACACAGCUUCCAACCAUCACAAAUAAGUUAGUAUCCACUUGUAAAUUCCUGUAUGACACGUGAUUAACAAGAUUAGAAUUAGUCAUUUCAAGCUCAAGUCCGAAUCAUUCAUAUAAAACUAGCGACCGACACAAAGCCAAGGUGUAUUUAUUAAUUUCUCUAUCCGGAUGUGAGAUUCCAGGUUCAAUAGAGAUUACAGCACGUCAGACUU